AACUCGCUGGCCAUCUUCCUGCUUGCAGCCCGUGUAAUUUGUAUUUGAGGAGGGGAGAGAGGGCUCGGGUUUCACGUUCGGGACGGAAGCGGGGAAGAAAUAAUUUAAAUGACACAAAUAUAUCGUGAAGUCUCACGGCAAGCAGCAAGCACCGAUUCCAGCGCACCGCACCCUUCCAACAGACGGCCCGAACGGGAAACCCCGAUGGGUAUGCGGGGAACUUUCACCGUGCCUGCUCCUCUUCGGCUGUCUUUUGUUUUUGAGCAUUAGUGCUUUAGCAAGCUGGCUAGCUGAGCUAAGAACUUAACGCCAGCCCUGCCUUGUGUCAACCGACACCGACGUUCAGGUAGCCUAGUCCUUGGAGUAACACUGUAGCCGGAACGUUACGAGUUACCCAGCUGGCCAGCACACACUCACGGUGAAAUGCGGUUCCGCAUUCUGCAUCUCAUUAUCUACAGUUCGUAGUCGCCUUUAUCCGAACAAAGGAGAAAUGAACUUAGGGGAGCCCAAUCAAUGUCUGUGACAUUCGCUACGGUUUCGGCGACAGAGAAGGACACUGAGCUUUACUUAUCAGACAAAAGACCUUUGUCCGGGAGGUAGGAUUCCGCGUGAGGACUAUGGCAUCGGUGAAAUCUAAAGCAGGAGCGAACAAUGAGAGCAGCCCGUACCGGGAGAGCGCGCGGGCAGGCGCAGGUAGCCCCUCGCUGGUGGCCGGUGCUGCAUCGCUGUCAUUGACCAGCAGCAGAGCGUACUCGCUCGAGGACUUUGACACCGUCGCCACUGUGGGCACAGGCACGUUCGGGCGUGUGUUUCUGGUUCGGGAUAAGAAGAGUCGUGGGUUCUUUGCACUGAAGGCCAUGAAGAUCCCCGACGUGAUCCGACUCAAACAGGAGCAGCACGUCCACAAUGAGAAGGAGGUCCUCAGUGAGGUCAACCACCCCUUCCUCAUCAAGCUGUUCUGGACUCAUCACGAUGAUCGGUUCCUCUACAUGCUGAUGGACUACGUUCCGGGCGGAGAACUCUUCAGCUACCUGCGGAGCCGCGGUCGCUUCGGCAACACCACGGGUAUGUUCUACUCGUCGGAGAUCGUGUGCGCCAUCGAGUACCUGCAUGCUCGGAACAUCGUCUACCGCGACCUCAAGCCCGAAAACAUCCUGCUGGACCGCGACGGACACAUCCGACUCACUGACUUUGGCUUCGCCAAGAAGCUCUCCGACAGGACCUGGACGCUGUGCGGCACACCUGAGUAUCUGGCCCCAGAGGUCAUCCAGAGCAAAGGUCACGGCCGCGCCGUCGACUGGUGGGCCCUCGGAGUUCUCAUCUUUGAGAUGCUGGCAGGGUAUCCUCCGUUCUUUGACGACAAUCCGUUUGGCAUCUACCAGAAGAUCCUGGCCGGAAAGCUGGAAUUCCCACGCCAUCUGGAUUUCUACGUAAAAGAUCUCAUCAAGAAGUUUCUGGUUAUUGACAGAGCAAGGAGGCUGGGCAACAUGAAGAAUGGAGCAGACGAUGUGAAGAAACACCGCUGGUUCAAACCUGUCGACUGGGAUGCCGUCCCUAUGAGGAGACUCAAACCCCCCAUUGUCCCAAAGGUGUCUCACGAGGGCGACACAUCCAACUUUGACGUCUACCCCGAGGAUGAGUGGAAGAAGGAACCUCCGGUUCCGCCGAAGGACCUCGAGGUCUUCAAGAACUUCUGAGGCAUAUCACUCUCCUCCCCACUCUCACUCUAUCUCCCUCUCUUUCUCUCUCUGUUUCUCUAUCCCUCCCUCUUUAUCUCUCUCUAUCUAUAUGUCUCUCUAUCUGUGUCGUCCUGUGAAGAUGACCAGUCCAACAGUCCAGUUGUCCUCCAGGCUCCGAUCACAGAGCUUAAAAACACGCCCAUUGGUUUGGGCUUGGAUGGUACCGAUGCGUUAUGUCAGUCUUAACGUGUCUUUCUGCUGGAGUUCAAAGGUCGAAGGUCAAAGGUACAUCUUACACAGACUCUACUGGACACCUGAUGCCUUUGGGAGACCUUAAGUAGCCUACCUUUUACGCAGGGGCCUCCUAAGGACCACCUGGUGCUGGUGUUCCACCACGCUGGGGUAGCCCUGGCAGUUUGACCCCAAAGCUGACCAGAGACGUGGUAACAGUUUCGCACAGAUAGCCUGGGGUCUACAUGGAUGACACAGUCGUACGUGUGUGUGUGUGUGUGUGUCAGAGAGAGAGAGAGAGAGAGAGAGAUAGAUGUUUCCCCUGGGGCUCACAUAACUGACACAGUGUGUGUGUGUGUGAACUGGAUGGCAUCCAUGCUGGAGAAAGAUGUGUGUUUUACAGUGUGUGAUCACCGUGUUUGUGAGUGUGUUUGUGUAUGUGAGAGAGAGAGAGAGUCUCUCCCUCCUCUCAUCCAUUCAUCAUAGAGCUACUGUUAGUGUUUACUUGUUUGUUUGUUUGUUUACCUCUGGUGUGAAUUUGAGUGUCACUCUGAGCUGUUACCUCCUGGAGCAGGGUGUGUGUGUGUGUGUGUGUGUGUGUGCGUGCGUGCGUGCGCGUGUGUGUGUGUGUGUGUGUGUGUGAUCCCAGUUCUUCCACACUCCUCCUCGGCCAGUUUUGAUGGAGGUCUCUUGGUGCUUAACCACACAGGAUCUACUCUCAAUCACUUGAGCUUGUUCACACCCUCUGGAGCCUUCUGAGAGCUUUCCGGAACUAUCUGCAGCCUUCCAGAACCUUCUGAGGCCUUCUAGAUCCUUCUGCACCCCUCUAGAAGUGUCCGUAGGCUUCUAGAACCCUCUAGAGAGAGCCUUGUCUCUGGACUGCUGGACCGGGAUGCUCUCUGAGUUUGGAUCCUUCACAGGUGCAGUGGACGGCGUUCAACAGCAGACUCGAUGACAUCAUGGAACUAAAACAUCCGCACCAAACCCCAAAGAUUCGUUUCAGAACUCAUAAGUCUGUUUCCAUUGGCCAGAGGUCCAUUUCGUAUCCAUGCGGCCUGUUUCCCAGGACCAGAGGUCUGAUCGAGAGGGCCAGAUUUUUGAACCAAGUGACAGUCAUUUCAUGUAAGCCACUCUGGGGAUAAGACUGAUUGACAACCCAUUACAUGGCAACAAACUGACUAACCAAUGAGCAUUAGCAUGCCUGUCCCGCCCCAUUUGGCCUGUCAGCCAAUGGGAUGCAGCCAAACCCAUCAGUCUUCCGUUAGGCCGUCUGUGUAGUACUUUCCCACACCCAGCAUUGUUUGUUUAUGAGAUUGUCUCUUGUUUGUUUGUUUGUGUUAAUUAUUUUUUUUAAUUAUGUUUCACUUUUUUGAGUGAAUAUUUUUAUGGUCAAAAUUGCUUUUUUAACCUAUCUCUCUUGGCCUUCUGUGCAAAGAUUGUAUUUUAUUUAUGUUUCAGCAAAAAACAAAAAAAAAACAAAUCAAAGACGAAGUGCUAUGGACUCCAUAUCAUGAUGAACCCAGCAUACCAAACUUUUGUACUCAAUGCCUUGUUUCCACUGGGCAUAUUUCAUUUAAAUGCCUUCUCUUCAAGCUGGUGGAGCGUGCUGCCAGUAAGCCAGAGCUUUGGGAUGGGGCUGUUUUGGAAGAUACACACACUCAUGUACUGGUACUAUUAAAUAUUCACUUUUGUGUCAAAUCCA